AUGACUACCAAUAAUGAAGACAUAGAAUUCGAUUCCCACCAAUGGGUCUGGCUACCUGAUCCUAAAUUGACUUUUGUCAAAGGUUUCGUCACUGAAAAAUUGGAAAAUGACAAAAUCAAAGUGAGGUGUAGCGACGAUGCUGACAGAAUUGUCGACUCUUCCAUCACUCAGAAGGUAAAUCCUCCAAAAUUUAAUAAAGCUGAUGACAUGGCUGAAUUAACCUACUUGAAUGAACCAUCGGUCCUCAACAAUCUUGACAAGAGAUAUAAAGACGACUUGAUUUACACCUACUCUGGUUUGUUCUUGGUAGCCAUCAAUCCCUAUCUAAAUAUUCCAAUCUAUGGUCCUGACUACAUAAAUAUCUACAACAAUGGUCACUCUGAUUCCACUACUAAAGAUGUCAAGGCCAAACCUCAUAUUUUCGCUAUAACUGACUUGACUUAUAGAUACAUGCUACAGAAAAAACAAAAUCAAUCUAUUCUAGUCACUGGUGAAUCUGGUGCCGGUAAAACUGAAAAUACUAAAAAAAUCAUCCAAUACUUAGCCUCAAUAACGCUGACCAACAAUAACAAUCCUCUAAAGCAAAACCCUUCAAAUUUAUCAAUCUCAAGUUCUUUUCCCACUUCAAAUCAGUUCACUACUUUUGAAGAACAAAUCAUCCAGGCAAAUCCAAUACUAGAAUCCUUCGGUAAUGCUCAAACUGUCAGAAACAACAAUUCUUCAAGAUUUGGUAAAUUCAUCAGAAUCGAGUUCGCCGAUGAUGGUAAAAUAUCCGGUGCCAACAUUGAUUGGUAUCUUCUAGAAAAAUCAAGAGUCAUAAACCAAUCGCCUCAAGAACGUAACUACCAUAUUUUUUAUCAACUAUUGCUAGGUCUUUCCAAAAUCGAAAAGGAAAAAUUGUUCUUAAACAUCGAUAUAAGAUCUUUUAAUUACUUGAAAAAAGGAAACUACACAAUCCCCAAUGUAGAUGAUAAGAAAGAAUUCAAAAACUUGCUUUAUGCUUUCCAAGUCAUGGGUUUUGAUAAAAAUGAUUAUUGGGAAAUUUUUAAAACAAUCGCUAUCAUUCUACUUAUUGGCAACAUUGACUUUAUUUCUCAAAAAUCUGAACAGGCUAAUUUUUCAAAAGAUUCUCCAAUUGACAAUAUUGCCAAUUUAUUAGGUAUCAGUUCAUCCGAUUUUACAACCGCCAUUUUGAGACCAAAAGUUAAAGCAGGCAGAGAAUUUGUAACUCAGUCAAGAAAUGCCUCUCAAGCCAAGUUCUCUCUUGAUGCUUUAUCAAAAAGCUUAUAUGAAAGAACCUUCAAAUUUAUCGUUGAUCAAAUCAAUGAUAAGUUGGAUCAUUCUCUAAACUCUUCCAACUUUAUCGGCGUACUAGAUAUUGCUGGUUUUGAAAUUUUCAAAAAAAACUCCUUUGAACAAUUAUGUAUCAACUAUACAAAUGAAAAACUUCAACAAUUUUUCAAUCAUCAUAUGUUUGUUUUGGAACAAAAUGAAUAUAUAAAGGAAAACAUUAACUGGAGAUUUAUUGAUUAUGGCCAUGAUUUACAAGGAACAAUCGAUUUAAUCGAAUCCGCUCAAAAUCCGAUUGGUAUUUUCUCAAUUCUUGAUGAAGAAUGUAUUGUUCCAAAAGCUUCUGAUCUGUCUUUCAUUCAAAAAUUAAAUAAAGUUUUAGAUCAUAAAUCUGAUAAAUUCACGAAAGGAAAAUUUUCUGACGGUUUUAUUUUAAAACAUUACGCCGCAAAUGUCGAAUAUUCAACAGAAGGUUGGUUGGACAAAAAUAGAGACCCAUUAAAUGAAAACGUUGUUGAAUUGAUGACAAAUUCAGCUAAUAACCAUAUGGUUUCUCUAUUCAACAAUGACAUUUCAUCCAAUUCCACUAAAAAUUCUCUGACAAAAAAGGGUAUGUUUAGAACGGUUGCUCAACGUCAUAAAGAACAAUUGAAUAACUUGAUGAAUCAAUUAUCCGAUACAUAUCCUCAUUUUGUUCGUUGUAUAAUUCCAAAUAAUAAAAAGAGAGCUCACGAUUUUGAUAAAAAACUAAUUCUUGAACAGUUAAGAUGUAAUGGUGUCUUGGAAGGUAUUAGAAUCGCAAGAGCUGGUUAUCCCAACAGAAUCUUCUUUAAAGAGUUUUUCCAAAGAUAUGAAAUUCUUUCAAAAAAACUGUAUUUAUUAUCAAGUGAUAUGAAAAAAAACUGUGAAUUGAUUUUAUCUGCAAUUCACCUAGAUUCUGCCUUAUAUAAUGUUGGUUUGACAAAGGUUUUUUUUAAAGCAGGCGUUUUAGCAGAUUUAGAAUCCAAAAGAGAGGAUAAAAUCAAAUAUAUUUUCACGGAUUUUCAGGCAGUUGCAAGAGGAUGCAUUAAAAGAAGAUUAAUAAAAUACAGAAUUGAAAAAAUUCAAGCAUCUCAAGUCUUAAUGAAAAAUUUAUUAGUAUAUAAUGAAUUGAAGAAAAACCCAUGGUAUGAUUUACUUAUCAAACUAAAACCAUUAUUGUCCUCUUCAAAGCAACAACAAGAAAAGCAAUUGUAUAAUGAGCAAAUUAAAAAUUUAAAAAACCAACUUACAAAAAUAGAAAAAGAAAAAACUACAACUCGAAAAAGUUUCCAAGAGCUUCAAAAAGAAUAUGCAAAAAUUGAGGAUGUUUUGGCAACGGAAAGAGACUUAUCCACCUCAAAGGAAAAUUUACUACAAAAAACAAAAAAGAAAGAAAUUGAACUCACCACUGAACUAGAAGAAAAGACAAAAGAACUCAAUAAGCUUCGAACCAGCUAUGAAUCGUAUUCCAAAAAUAAAAAUACCCUAGAGUCUAAAGUUGAAAACUGGAAAAAAGAAGUGACAGAUCAAAAAAAAACAAUAGCUGUCUUAGAAAAGGAUAAAAAUAAAAUGAAAAUGAAACAAAAUGCAAUGGAAAAGGAACUCAGAAAUUUAAAAGAUAAUACUACAACAAGCACAAGAAAUUUUGCUAUUAUAAAAGAUGAGGUUGCUGAAUUGAAAGCAAAGAUUAGACAAAAGGAUAGUCUGAUUAGAGAUUUAGAAUUUCAACUUAGAAACGCAAAUAAAGAUCUUGAAAAAAAAUUUGCAUCACCUUCUAGAGAACUUGAAAAAGCGAACCAAAAAAUUUCACAAUUAAUGGAAGAAAAUAGUUUUCUUACCAACAAAAUAAAGAGCAUUGAUCAACCCGUCAUAGAACUAGAUUCUUUGAAAAAACAAGUUGCUGAAUUGAACUUAACUAUUGAAAAAUUGGAAACCGAAAAGAAUGAUUUAGAUAAUAAUUAUAAAUCGGCAGAUAAAAAUAUCGAGGCAUUGAAAUUGCAAUACAAAAAUCUUGAACGAGAAGCGACAGAAGCAAAAAAUUUGUUAAAGGUGAAAAUUGCAGAUGAUAUUAAAUUUGAGCGUGGAAGGCAGAAACAUAAUUCAGAGUUGAUGGAGUUAAAACAUAAAAUAAAAGAGGCAGAGUCUUGCCUUAAAACAGAAAAAGAAAACACAGCUGAUUUGACUUCCAAAUUAAAUUCUAUAACCAGAGAAUACGACUCAUUGGCUCAAGAGAAGAAAGAGUUUGAUAGAAAAAUCACUGAACUAAAUGCUAAAUUUGAUCUUCGUGCAAAAACAUAUUCUAAUGAUGAUUAUGAGCAAUUAAAAGCAGCCCAGAAAAAAUUAAUUGAUGAAUUUGCCUCUGUUAAACUUCAAUUAAAUGAACAAAGUGCUUUGGUGAGAAAAGGAUCUUUGGAAAAUUCGAAAAUGACCGAUGAAAUGAAGGUUCUUAAAACCAGACUUGCCUCAGAAGCAUUUGACAAUCAAAAACUUACUGCACAAUUAGAAAAAAUCAAGCUUUCAGGCGGUAAUAUAGACUCUUCUAUUUUGAAUAAUCAAUCAAGUGAUACUGAUUAUGCUAAAAUUCAAACAUUAUUAAGAGAAAAUAGAGAUCUUAAACAAAGUCUUGAAUUAGAAAAAAAGGCAAGUAAAAGAGCAGAAUUAGAACUUCAAAAACAAGCCACUAGUUUAAAUUCUGAAAUAGCAUCCAGGGGAUUGUCUAUGUUGAACAAUCAAAUUUCAUUGCCACAAGUACCAGUAGAUUCUGCUUAUAAAGUCAAAUAUGAAAAUUCCGAAGCUAGGGUUAAAUUGUUAGAAAGACAAAUGAAAGAGGUUUCUGGUCGCAGAUUGCCCCCUCUUCCUCUAAAAGAUAAUCAAAACAUCAUAAAUCAACAAGAAAGUUCAAAUUCGGAAUUAAUAAAAGUUUAUCAGGAUGUCUCUAAACAACUACGAACUACUAGAGAGGAGCUAGCCAAAUCAAAACAAGAAAUUUCCAGGUUGAAAAAAUCUGCAGAAGCUCCGGCAAAUAAAUAUUUCAAUGAGAAAAAGAGUAAGACAGAAACAACUACAUUUUUAUUGAAAGAAGAAUUAAUCACAACUCAAUUAAAGUUAGAAGCUUCUCAAAAUAAAGUUGAGGAUUUAGAGAAAUCUAUUAAAUUGUUCAAAAGUCGUUCAGAAGAUUAUUUUUCCAAGUUGGAGGAGGCAGAAACUAUUGUAAAGGCAUGCCAUAGAUCUGAAAAAUACGCAAGGGACGAGUUAAAAGAGGCCCAAGAAAUGUUAACUGCGUUGAAAAGUAAUACAAAAGAUGUUGACGCUGUAAAAGCCAAGUUGCAUAUUAAAAUAUAUAAAUUAGAAGCUGAAGUUGGAAAUAAGCAAGCUGAGAUUGAAAAGCUAUUGAAUAAUCAAACAACACUAACAAAUGAAUUAGAAAGGUAUAGAUAUCUGUAUAUUACGGGAAAUAAAUAUAACAACCGUGAUAAGCAACUUGAAGAUUUAAAUCAGAAAUUGGCUCAAUCUUUAGUCACCGAAACAACACUUCAAAAAGAAAUCAAAAGGCUUCAAUUACAGUUAGAUAAUUCCUUGGGUGAAAAACAAAUUUUAGAUGAUCAACUAAAUAAAUGGGAAAGUGACAAGGUUUAUUACGAAAAUUUGAUUCAACAAAUUUCGGAAAUAUCAUCUCAAUUUCAAUCGUAUUUAACUGAAAAUCAAAAUAUGGGAGAUGCUAAUUCCGAAAUACUCGAAUUACGUUCUUCAUCAUCUAUGAAUAAAGAAAAACUCAAUAAAGAAAAACAAAAUGUUCAAAUGGUCUUACAAGAAAACAUUGCGUUGGAAAAAUAUAUCAAACAAUUGCAAUCCAGAGUAAAAAAUUUGCAAAGAGACUCAAUUUCUUCAAAUGAUACAUUUUGGCGAAACAGAAUGGAAGAAUUGGAAAAAAAAAUGGGAGAAAUAAAUGAAAUUAAGUUUGAAUCCAGUAAAAGCUCAAGAGCUCUAGAAACAACAAUUAAGGAUCUUCAAACUCAAUUAGAGCUAGAAAGUCAUUCAUUGCAGAAAGUGAGAGAAGAAAAGAAAACAAAUGAAGAAAAAAUUUCAAGACUAAUUCAGAAGUUAGAAGAGUUGCAAAAAAGAGAUGAAAAGUCUCAAUUGUUACUCAAGAGGGCUGAAAGAGAAAUUAACUCUAAAAAGGAAAAUUCUUUAAGACUAGAGAAAGAAUUACUUGAUUGGAAAGCAAAAUUUGAAUUAGUUCUGCAAAAAAAAUCAAAAGCUGGAAGAGCCUUUAGCUCGUUAUACCGAUCUUCUUCAAGAUCAAAUUCAUCUCUUAAUACCAAUAACAAUUAA